AUGCUGCAAACAACUGGUCAAUACUCUGUUUCUCCAAAUGAAGACCCUCAUUUGCACUUGAGGCAAGUUCUGGACGUGGCUAGUAAUUUUAAAAUUCUAGGUGUGACUGACGAUGCCUUCGGCUUGAGGAUUUUUGCUUAUUCUCUAAGGGAUAGAGCUAAAAGUUGGCUAAAUUUCUUGGAGCCUAAUUUCAUUGCCACAUGGAAUGACCUAGUUGAGAAGUUCUUAGCUAAAUACUUUCCUCCUUCCAAGAAUACAAAGAUGAGAAACGAGAUCACCUCGUUUAGGCAAGGAGAUGAUGAGAAUAAGCUUGAUGCAUCCAGUGGAGGAGCGAUUUUGUCUAAGUCAUAUGAAGAAGGAUAUAGGUUGAUAGAGAGCAUCACGACCAACAGUUAUCAAUGGCCAGUCACAAGAGCUAAUGCAAGUGCUACUCAAAAGAGGCCUGUUGAGGUCCAUGAAGUUACUGAAACUACAACCCUUGCUACUCAAUUGUCUAGGGAUUGUUGUUCUGCUACUUGUUUGAGGAAUCAGAGUGUAGAAGCGCUUGCUACUGCUGCUCUUGUUGCAUGGCCCUCGGAACUCAUUUUCAUAGAUGAUGAGACUCCUACAAAACCCGCAUCUAAAGAUAAAGGGAUUUUGCGGCACAACGAGUCUGUUGCAUCACAAAAAGAGAGACCAAGAAUCAAAUUUCUAGCACAAGGAGUGAGUAUCAAAAACCUUUGGAACCAAGUAAGGAAAAUAGCCAUCGCUUUGAGUUCAAGGCUUAUGGGUACACUCCCUAGCUAUACUGAAACUCCAACAACUACACCUGGAGUGAAGAAUGUUGAAACUUACAAGGUCAUCAAGUUAAGAAGCGGUAAGGAGUGUGAAUUAUCCUUACAAAAAGACGCUGAUUCAAGUUUAGUCCUGCCUGAGCUGGACAAUUCUGAAGAAAAAGAAGAAUCCAUUGAGGAAUUGUCCUCAGUUGGAAACAAGGAAGAAAAUGUUGAUACAAUUGUAACUAGAAAGACUUCUAAGUCAAUUAAGAAAGCUCAAGUCAUGCCAGCGCUAGACAAAGAAAAGAAGUUUAUUCAAGAAAGACCACCACCUCCUUUUCCUCAAAGGAUUAGGAAGGCAAAAGAAGAACAACAAUUUGGCAAGUUUACGGAGAUACUCAAGCAGCUCCACAUCAACAUAUCGCUAAUUGAAGCCAUUGAACAAAUGCCAAACUAUUCCAAAUAUAUGAAAGACAUGCUCACUAAGAGUAAAAGAGUAAGAGAGUUUGCUACGGUAGCACUCACUCAAGAGUGUAGCCAAUUGGUUUAA